GUAGUGAAAUGGUACAGACAGUACGGGCAGUGCAGCAAAGCCAGGGAAUCUGUCAUACUGUCAAAGUGUGUUGGUAAUGGUGGCGAAGCACAUCUGACGUUAGGGAGUAUGCGACGUGAGUUCCAUAUACGUCAACGAUCAGGAGCAGAAGUGUCCAAGAAUCUGGUGGUUAAAUCAAGCAGCACAUCGCACCGAAAGGAACAUCGCUAAAUAAUGUCUUCACCCAGUGCAGGCAAAAGGCGAAUCGACACAGACAUUAUUAAACUUAUAGAAAGUAAAUUGGAGGUAACGUUCCUGUCAGGUCUGAAUGAAUUUUGUGUUAAAUUUAAUGGGCCGAAAGGAACACCGUACGAAGGUGGAAUAUGGAAUGUACGUGUUCACUUACCUGAACAGUAUCCUUUUAAGUCGCCUUCAAUCGGUUUCAUGAAUAAAAUUUAUCAUCCAAAUGUAGACGAAUCGUCCGGGACAGUCUGUCUGGAUGUAAUUAAUCAGGCAUGGACAGCUCUUUAUGACUUGUCAAAUAUAUUCGAGUCAUUUUUGCCCCAGUUGCUCGCGUAUCCCAACCCAACAGAUCCUCUGAAUUCGGAUGCAGCUGCCUUGUAUUUACACAAACCAGAUGAUUAUAAGAAGAAAGUGCAAGAAUAUGUUCAGAAAUAUGCUGCAAAACAUGUAUUUAAAGAUCAGGACAGUAAUGAUGAUUCAUCCGAUUCUGAAUCAUCCAUGACUGACAACACAGAGGACGAACUGAGAGAUAUGGACUUAUGACAUUCAUAUUUGUUAGGUUUCAAGAACUUUCUAUGGAACUUUUGUUACGUAGUUUAGUCAUCUCUGUUUCGGAAAAAAAACUGAGCGUAAGAUGUGAUACUUCAAGAAAACGCUAGAUGUCACUGUGUUACUUAAUACGAUGGAAAACUAGUCGACUUUAUUCUCGACUUAACGUGUGUUAAACAUCGAUAAGCAAGAGUGCGGCGGGGCUUUUUAAUUGCGGGGCCCAAGUGAACUUGUAAAAACCAGUGUAAAUUUGUGUCCUAUAAAACAAGACGCGGCUGAACGUGUUCGGCGUUACAAUCAGGAGCCUUCUGAGAAAGUUGGACUACCUCCCUCUCUCAGGGCCACGGACGAUGCUGACCAGCCACUGCCUCAACAGGUCUUUCAACCUCCAGCUUGCAGCGAGGCCAGCACCCCUAUGCCCCACACACCUGCUCCGAUGGAGCCCUCCAGGCUCACUGAUUCCAUGAGCUGAGCUGCCAAGAGGGAGGUGAGAGCCUUCUGGG